UAUUUAUUUGUAUUUAACCCAUAUUUAACCAGGUAAGUCCAGUUGACAUCUACAAUCUCUUCUACAAGGGAGCCCUGACCAAGACAGCAGCACACAGAAAGUUACAGCCAAACAGCCACGCAAUAAAAAACAUAAAACAUCUGCAGUAACAUGAUGAAAUGUUAGAACACCUACGCACAAUGACAAAACCGAGCCAACACCUUGGGGUUAGCGAGGUAACGUCAGGGUUAACUCAAGCUGGUUCUCUUUUUACCAUGACAAAUCACCAUGGUAACUGAUGCUGAACAGCUGACCCGAUCACAGCCUGUCAACACCCCGACCUCUAACCAAUCAGAUCACUGAAGACAAAAGUAUCCAUGGACCAAAGUCCAGAGUCUCAGAUACCAGAGAUGAUAAAACAAGACACAGAAGAGUCUGCCACCCAGGGCGGUGAGGACGCUCCACCUACAGCAGGAGGGAUGGAGUCACCUGCAGCUGCUAAAGACAGCUUGGACAGCAACAGCCCUGAAGAGUCUGAGCCACAGACGCCACAGACAGACACAACUCCACAAGGUGACGAGGCAGGAAGUGAAGUCGCAGAGGGAGCACUUCCAUGUGACAUGGCCGAGGAGCUGAGCCGUCAGCUCGAGGACAUCCUCAGCACCUACUGUCGGGAAAGCAUGUCAGACGACGCCAGCACGGUGCCCAACGGCCAGUCACACAGCCCAGAGCUCAACGGGCUGACCAAUGAGAGGGAGGACGACAAGCCAGAGGGCAAAGUCAACGGAGCCGGCAACGGCGUGGAGAAGGAGCAGAAGAAGAGUCAGGAGAAGAAGAAAGUGAAGGGUCUAGGUAAAGAGAUCACUCUCCUCAUGCAGACUCUGAACACACUCAGCACCCCAGAGGAAAAGCUUGCAGGCCUCUGUAAGAAGUACGCUGAACUGCUGGAGGAGCACCGUAACACCCAGAAGCAGAUGCGAGUGCUGCAGAAGAAGCAGAACCAGCUGGUUCAGGAGAAAGACAACCUGAGGAACGAACACAGCAAGGCCAUCCUGGCUCGCAGCAAGCUGGAGAGUCUCUGCAGGGAGCUGCAGAGACACAACCGCUCACUCAAGGAGGAGGGGAUGCAAAGAACGCGUUUGGAGGAGGAGAAAAGGAAGGAAGUGACCUCCCAUUUCCAGGUGACACUGAACGACAUCCAGGCUCAGAUGGAGCAGCACAACGAGAGGAACGCCAGUCUCCGACAAGAGAACACGGAGCUGGCUGAGAAGCUGAAGAAGCUCUAUGAGCAAUACAAACUGCGAGAGGAGCACAUAGACAAGGUGGUAAAGCACAAAGACCUGCAGCAGCAGCUGGUGGACGCCAAGCUGCACCAGGCUCAGGAGCUGCUGAAGGAGUCGGAGGAGAGACACGACAGAGAGAAAGAAUUUCUGCUGAAAGAAGCAGUGGAGUCUCAAAGGAUGUGUGAGCUGAUGAAGCAGCAGGAAGUUCACCUCAAACAGCAGCUGUCACUUUACACAGAGAAGUUUGAAGAGUUUCAGACCACUUUGUCCAAAAGCAAUGAGGUCUUCACCACAUUCAAACAGGAGAUGGAGAAGAUGACCAAGAAGAUCAAGAAGCUGGAGAAGGAGACGGCCAUGUAUCGGUCCAGGUGGGAGAGCAGCAACAAGGCUCUCCUGGAGAUGGCAGAGGAGAAAUCUGUGCGGGACCGUGAGUUUGAGGCACUCCAGGGUAAAGUCCAGCGGCUCGAGAAGCUGCGGCGGGCUCUAAAAGUGGAACGCAACGAGCUCAACAAGAAGGUUCAGAACCUCAGCGGUCAGGAUGGAGGCACAGCAGGAGCCCCCACCUCCGACCCAGGGACUGACUCCCCCUCUCCACCACCAACAGACUCUUUACUGGAGCCCAGCGGCCACCCUGUCCCAGACACCACGCCCUGCUCCCAGUCCUGCCACUGUGAGCCAGAACUGGACACAGACAGCCUACUAGAAGAAGCAAAGGCUCUGCCUGUGGCUGCACAGGAAUGAAGCACCGCUGCUCUCAGUCUCCUCUUUCCCCUCCAGCAACAAGCCACCUAGCAAGCAACAAGCCACCAGCCUGCAAGCACCCACACCUCUGCUGGAUGAAGCUCAUCAGAUAGCAAGGGUAACUUGUGUCCUCCCAGCAUGCUCUGCAGGCGUUAUGAAGGUGAUGAGAAGAUUGUGCCUCGCCUGUCAGUACAUUUACAUGCACACAGUAACUGACUUACAGUGAACAACCUUAUUAAGAUAAUAGUUUGAUUAAAGCAUUUACAUGGUUUGCAUCUUUCCUGCAGUAAUCAGAUGCUGAUGAUUCAUUCAUUAGUCUGAUUAAUCUCCACAGGCAGACUACAGGAGACAUGUUAUUGGCUCCACAAAGCGGUGUUUGUUUUACAAGUUGAUAAAUGAAUUCAUUUAUUAGUUGUAAAAUGACCCCAAUUUUUGUGGCACUCCAAAAACAUGUGACACAUGCUGCUGUUUGAAUAGAAACAUGACUUGUAGUCCUCUGCCUCUCUGGAAUACGCCUCAGAAGAAAUCAGACAUGAGGGGUCGACAUAACAUAGGAAUUAAUAAGAGAAGUGACAAGUUAUUCAGCUCUAAUGCUCGCUCCAACAUAAGGGGGAUUUAUACUUGUACGGCAGACCUUUCGCCGUAGCCUACGUACGUGACCUGCACCGUUGUGAGCCUUUAUGCUUGUGCAGUGGUGUGUCUGUGUCACUCUGCAGUUACACCUCCAAAACACUAGUUGGCGAUGGAGUUUUUAUGGCAUUUUACAUUGUAUAAAUUAGCCUAGCAGCUAGGAGACUUUUUCCUCUACUCAUAACAUUUAUAACAUUUAACAAAGGUAAUGUUACAAAAUUCAGCUCCAUUAAAACUCACAAGGUUCACUGACAAAACAACUGUCUUAUACUAAACACGUUUUCCAAACAAAUACAACAUGCUAACGUUAUUAGCACAAGCCUAUGGCAUUUUACAUUGUAUAAAUUAGCCUAGCAGCUAGCAGAGAUUUCCUCUGCUCAUAUGAAGCCAGGAUAAAUUACACACAAGACUUAAAAUGCUUUUUUAGUGGAGGCUUCAUUGUCUUUACAAUUUAUUGUUUCUUAUCUGUGAAAUUAAAGUAAAUCAAAGCUUUGUUUCCACUGAGGGAAAUGGUUUCAGCUUACAGAGACAGACUGGAGGUCUGCGUCGCCGCAACAUGAGGUGACAUUUCUGGGGAGGUGCACGACAGGCUACGGCGUAGAUACAGCAUCGAUUCAACGCAGAAGUAUAAAUCCCGCCUGAAACCUUAAAGGAACAGUUCACCCUAAAUCAAAAAAACUUAUUUACCUUUUGGCUGUAGUGCUGCUUAUCAAUCUAGAUAGUUUUGAUGUGAGUUGCAGAGUGUUGGAGAUAUCAGCUGUAGGGAUGUCUGCCUUCUCUCCAGUAUAAUGGAACUAGAUGGCACUCAGCUUGUGGUGCCCAAAGCGCCAAAAAAUAUUUUUGAAAAACAAAAAAGAUGUUGUUGUGAGCAGUUUCAUGUAGGAACUAUUUUCUUUCUACCCAGCUACACCUACCAACUGUAUCACUGCGCAGACGGAAGCGUGCAUCUACACCUAAACAAUCUAGACUGAUAAAUAGCUCUACAGGUAAGAGGGAAAAUAUGUGGGUUUGAAUUUGAGGUGAACUGUCCCUUUAGCUUGAUGGCUGCAACAACCUGUACCGGUCUGACUAUUAGUGUGUGUGUGUAAAUGCAGACUGCCUCUGUGUUGUGUUGUUAGAUACACAUUCCCUUUUUGAAACAGCGCUGCUUGGGAUGACACAAGCCAAUCAGACCAGAGGGAUCAUUGGAGGGUUUUUGUGUGUGUGUGUGUGUGUGUGUGUGUGUGUGUGUGUGUGUGUGUGUGUGUGUUCCAACCACUUUGAUGUACAUUUGGUUAGAAGGAGUUUGAUUCACAGCUUGCCGAGUCCUAAAGGCCACUGAGAGUAAUUUAAUGAUUAUCUGUCAGGUGAAGUCUUAACAGGGAUUUGAGGCAGAUCAUUUCUGUAGUCAAUCCAAGUUCUUAAUAAAAUAGAAAUAAUGUAGAGUGCUAUAUAAUUAUUGAAGGAAAUUUCUCAUUCUUUCCUUUUUUCUUUUUUUUUUACUCGGCUCAAAUGUUCAGAACACUUUACGAUAUUUGUCAUCACAUCAGAGUUUGCAGUUCUUCGCUCGUACACCAUGUUAGGGAGGCGUUUCUUUGUUUUCUUGUUUGCAUCGCUUCGCUUCGUUUCCAUAGCGUUUAAAUUGUGUAGUCUGUAUUUAUUGUUGACAGCAUAAUCUGAUAUUGAAAUGUAUGUAUCUCACAGAGCACCACUAUAAAAUAAAUGUUUAUUUUUUUGAUUACUUUAGAAAAUCUAUAAAGGUGAUACUUUUAUGACCAAUGUUUCAUUCCUAAUCUUUGAGUUCAGUUGUUGUUAGCGACAUUAUUUCUACAUGUUUUUCAGUCUGCUUAUGACCUGGUGAUGACGACCACUUGAAGCUUGUUUAACUCUGUACGUGUGUGUAUGACGUGUGUGUGUGUGUGUGUGUGUGUGUGUGUGUGUGUGUUACGUGGCUACGAUUGUCUCCUCCCAGCCCUGGUAAUUGCAGUAGCUUGUAAUCAGGUUUUAACUAGAGAAUGUUAAAGGACCUCUAUGCAACGCUUGCUUCUCGGUUUUAUUCUGUGGCAGUCUCAACUGACAAGCACUUAGCUGCGAAUGUAUAUUCAUUAUCUCCACUGUCCUGCAUGGAUGUAUUGUAUAAACAGACAACAUAUCUCACAGCAGAACUUUAUUUUUGCGUAGAACCUCGUUAACUGCCUCUCAAUUAUUUGACGUUGAAGGGAAAACGCUGCGUCUCUCUGGUGCUGUUAAAAGGUGCAGUGUCUGAGCCCAGUGGGAAGAAGGAGAGGGAACAUGAGAGAAAAUGUUAAUGGACUUCUGAAUUGUAGUUUUCACUCCCGAACAUGUCCAUUUCUCCGCAGACUUCAUGUACUACUCAAUAUGUAGCAUCGCUAACAAGGUGUCAUCUGUCGGCUGAAAUAGAAAUGGCAAACCGGAUUUCUUCCAUUGUCCCACGGGACAGAUUCAUUGUACCUCUGGUCCAGUGGUGGAUGUGGAGGUUCACUGACCACGAGAAGGAACCAAAGAUGUUUCCUUUUUUUGUCUUUUGCAGUACUUUUACCUGGCCCUGUAUAUUUUGUUUCUUGUUAAAUAAAAGAUGUAACAGUG